AUGGCUUGGAGAGCAGCACAGAAAAGGAUUACUCGUCUAAAUAUUUUGCAGUGUGCUCAUGGUGAUCUGGUUAGAGUCUGGACUUCACCAUCACUAGGGCAAGCAGUGGGGUUAACUUCUAAAAGUAAUCUUGAGGUUGCAGGAAAACUGGUUCCUGCUUCUGUUAGAGGCAUACCAGAGUUUUCUUUCAGCUCAUUUUUCAGGGGGCAUCACAUUUUCUCUACGAAAGAAUCCUUUAUAAGACUGGUGAGUUGGGUCUUUAUAUUGCUUAGGUGUUUUCAUGCCACUCCUGAACUGUUGGCUAGAAGAAGAAAUCAUGAUGAGCCAGUUGGUUUAAAGAUCCGACCUAAAGGGAAGUUUAGGAAAAAGGACAGAAAGCCACCUAUUGAAGCUCUGUAUGUGGCUCCAGAACUGAAAAGAAAUACCAAGUCUCUGCAAGAUAAAACUCUGGACGUAUUUGGUGGCAUUACUAUUGUUGAGCUUGCAAAGCGCACUGGUGAGUCCAUUGCCACUCUGCAGGAUAUCCUUGUUAAUGUUGGGGAAAAGCCUGGUUCAGAAUUUGAUCCUCUAAGCAUUGACGUCGCAGAGCUGGUUGGAAUGGAAGUUGGGAUCAAUGUCAGGAGGCAACACUCUAAUGAAGGUGCAGUUAUUCUUCCACGUCCUCCUGUUGUGACUGUCAUGGGACAUGUUGACCAUGGUAAAACUUCACUUUUAGAUGCUUUACGUCAAACAUCAGUAGCAGCCAAAGAAGCUGGAGGGAUAACUCAACAUCUGGGUGCUUUUGUUGUUGGCAUGCCAUCAGGGUCAUCAAUCACAUUCCUUGAUACUCCUGGUCAUGCAGCAUUUAGUGCAAUGAGAGCAAGAGGAGCAGCAGUGACAGAUAUAGUCGUGCUUGUUGUGGCUGCCGAUGAUGGGGUGAUGCCUCAAACUCUUGAAGCCAUGUCCCAUGCUAAGGCAGCUAAUGUACCAAUUAUAGUUGCAAUUAAUAAAUGUGAUAAACCUGCAGCCAAUCCUGAGAGAGUUAAAAUCCAGCUUGCCUCAGAGGGCUUGCAGCUGGAGGAGAUGGGUGGCGAUGUUCAAGUUGUUGAAGUUUCAGCUGUAAAGCAUACUGGAUUAGAUGACUUGGAGGAGGCUUUACUUCUUCAGGCAGAGAUUAUGGACCUAAAAGCUCGUGUUGAUGGCCCUGCUCAAGCUUAUGUAGUAGAGGCUAGGCUUGACAAAGGACGUGGUCCAUUGGCUACUGCAAUAGUUAAGGCAGGGACUUUGGUUUGCGGACAGCAUGUGGUUGUGGGUUCAGAGUGGGGCAGAAUAAGAGCUAUUAGAGAUAUGGUGGGGCAGUCGACUGAUAGGGCUAAACCUGCAAUGCCCAUAGAGAUUGAGGGACUUAAGGGGCUUCCUAUGGCCGGUGAUGAUAUUGUUGUUGUGGAAUCUGAGGAGCGAGCUAGGAUGCUUAGUGAAGGGAGGAAAAGGAAAUUUGAGAAAGAUAGGCUUUUGCGGAUGAUUGAUGAAAGAACAGAAACCAAAGAAACAUCAGAUGACAUGCCUGUGCGCAAGAGGAUUGAAGUGCCAAUAAUUGUAAAAGCAGAUGUGAGGGGAACUGUCCAAGCUGUCACAGAUGCAUUAAAGACUUUAAAUAGUCCCCAGGUUUUUGUGAAUAUAGUCCAUGUUGGUGUGGGGCCUAUUUCUCAUUCUGAUGUGGACUUGGCACAAGCCUGUGGUGCAUGUAUAGUUGGGUUCAAUGUGAAGACUCCACCUAGUUCUGUUAGUUUGGCUGCAACUCGAGCCAAGAUAAAGAUAAUGCAACACCGAGUGAUCUAUCACCUUUUGGAGGAAGCUGGCAACUUAAUGGUGGACAAGGCCCCUGGAACUUGCGAGACCCAGGUAGCUGGGGAGGCUGAAGUGCUGAAUAUCUUUGAGCUCAAGGGGAGGAGCAAGUCUGUAGGAGCCGAAGUGAAGAUUGCUGGCUGCAGGGUGAUUGAUGGCCAUGUUAGCAAAUCAGCAAUCAUGAGGCUUCUAAGGAGUGGGGAAGUUGUGUUUGAAGGAUCUUGCACAUCUCUCAAGAGAGAAAAGCAGGAUGUGGAGAAAGUAGGGAAAGGAAAUGAAUGUGGACUUGUGCUUGGUGAUUGUGAUGAUUUCCGGAUUGGAGAUGUCGUACAGUGCUUGGAACAAGUUGUUAGGAAACCAAAGUUCAUUUCAUCGGAGAGUGGUGCUGUUCGAAUUGAGUGCUGAUAGUGGUUUUGUGACCGAGAAUUCAUAAAAAAAUUUUAUCUUCUAGUUAUAUAUAAUGCCUGCAUUUUAGUCC